AUGGAGGCACUUUUCGAGGACCUGAACUUGGCAGAAAUACGAAAACGCCUAGAGCAAGAUAAGCCCCAAGUUGAAAGAGUCGCCAAAUGGAUAUGCUCCAACAACCUUUACAUAAUUUUACAAAUGUUGGAAAAAUGCAAAAAUGGGGAAAAGCCAAAUCUGAGUAUAGAAGUAAUGGAAGAAUUAGAUGAUCAAAUUAGCAACCCAAAAAAUGAGGAAUUACUGUCUUGCAUAAAAAUGUAUAUUUCACUUCUGGAACAAAUUAUUUUCCAUUAUGAGGAACUGGAUGUAGAAACGAAUAAGAAAAUAUUUGAAAUUUAUUCUACUCUAUCUGUGAGAAUUUUGAUUUCUUCCUACCAUGAUUUUGCUCCCUUCAUGCAAAAGACCAUACUUUCUCUGAUUCGAAAUAUACAUGUUAAAAAGCAACACAGCUGCCUCAAUAAAAAUGCAUAUUCGUAUAGCCUCUUAAAUUGUCUGCACAAUCUUUAUUUCUUCAUCUUUCUACCUGAUUUUAUUUUUCUACAUUGUUUACUAAUUUAUUUAUGCUCGAAUUUAAAUUGCGAUGAGAGCAGUGUAAUGGAAAAGGAAGAGGAGGAUAAAUUAAUUAUCCACACGUUGAAAAAAAUUAGUCAACUCUUUGAAAAGCUUGUCUUUCCCCUCAAUAGUGGAAAAACUGUUCUUCCCGAGGCCCCCUUUGAUGAAAGCCACCGACAAGGACAGGUUUAUUCAGACCGUAUUCAUCGCAUUUCAGAUACACUCAACAAUACAGACACCAAAAUUAUCUAUAAGGGAGGAAGGGCAUUCGAGUUAAUGUAUGAAAAUAUUUGUUCCACCUUUGAUACCAAUAAGUAUCCAAUUAAUGAAAUAGAAUUUGGAGAGAAUUACUGCCCAGAAAAUGUAAACAUAAAUAACUUCCUCUUGCUACUGAAAAUUAUGUCCCCCAAUUUUAUCGCGUGGGUAUCAAAGAAAAAGGAAAAAAAGGCAGCGACAGAAGAGGGGGAAACUUCCCGAGGGAUAAUCCCCAUUUCCGAAAAACCACAACCACAGUGCUAUUCGUUCAGGUACUUGUACAUUGUAGAAACAUCACAAAGUUAUCCUUACGCAAAGGAAGCUUUUGACACCAUUUUCUUUUUCUACUUUUUGCUCCAUGCACUGCAUAAGAUGGGAAAGGAUAAAUGGGGAAACCAAAUUGACCAUCUAAUUUCCAGCACAAUAAGCAACUAUCGUUGUCUUCUGGAAAGGAAUUCUUCCUUCCCAGGCGGAUGCACCCCCUACACACGAAUUCGUCACAUUAGAGAAGAAAAGGAGGUGGAACAUAUGAAAGAGAGAGAAAAGGAAAAGCGAGAAUCAGAUGUACCAACGGAGAGAACAACUUUGGGAGAUCCAUCUCAUGAGAAUGAAAAAGAGGAAGCUACCAAAAGUAAGGAAAUUUUGCUACAUCUGAGGGGGAAUAUCCAGAAGGGGGCCCCCUAUACGAAAUUAAGAAACCUUCAAGAAGAGGAAAAAACAAACUUCCCGGAUGCUACCUUCAAGUGUAGGGACAAAUUGAUGCUCAAAUUGAAGAGCCUUAUCAUUUGGGGAUAUACCCCAGCAGAUCAUGUGGAAGAAUGGAACUUUCUAAACUUAGCAAAUUGCUUCAUCUUCAAGGAUGACGCAUGGAGUAGGCUCUACAAAAAGGGGAAUUACCUACAGGAAUAUUUAUUCAAGAAAAAUAAUUUUUUUACAUAUAAUUACUCAGUUUUUAAAAGCACAUAUGAGUGUAAAACGUUGAGUUUUAAAUAUAUGGAUUCUUUCUCCUCUUUUGUUGCUCUACUCGUACUUAACAUUGUAUCUGCACUAACCAAAUUUUAUCUGAAAAUGGAGGAACUGUAUAACCAGGAGACGAAAAAAAACAAUUCUAAAAAAUAUUCCAACACGCAAAGUGAACAAGACAACCCUUUUCCAUAUGAAAUGCGAGAUUCUUCCUCCAUAGUUGAGGAAGCAGACCAGAUUGGAAAGAAUAAAAUAAAUGUGCCCCCUGAGAUAGACGCAGAAAAUGGAGAACAUACAAAUAAAUGUAAUAAAUGUGGAAGAUUAGACAUAUUUGAAAUUUCGCUUAAGGAACUAAGCCAUAAUGUUAUUAGUGGAAAUCCCCCGUUCAUUCCCCCAGAAACGAGUGAAAAGUUUGAAUCUCUCCUUAACGACUUUGUUUUUAUCUGCUUGAAAUUGAUCAGCUGUCCUUCGGAUGAUGUACAGUCCAAGUGCUUGUCAGUUUUAUCUCGUCUUACGCCGAAGAUCAGCAACGUAAGCGAUUCGUAUAUAAAAUAUAUGAAUACAAAAAUAGAGAAAUUAUUUACCCUUAUUGAUGGAGGAGACAACGAUUAUGAUUAUACGGAUAAGGGGUGCUACUGCUGGAAGAAUCAAGUUGUUCAAAACUACGUACAUCUGAAAUGCAAAAUGGACAAAAAAAUAAACACCAACUUGAUAACAUCAUUGCAGAAGCUAAUAAAUAUCUGUAUCUUAAAAAAUUACAAUAAAGAUAUAUGUGUAAUAGUUUGUAAAAAUAUCAUUACAUGCUUUUAUUACCAUCCAUUAUUAUUCCCAUUCUUAUUACAUAAAUAUAUGAACGUACUCUUUUACCUAAUGGAGACAAACGAUGUCGACGUGGUGGCAGAUUCGUUGAGAUGUCUUUUCUUACUGUUCCAAAUAAAUUCGGAAGACAUUAAAAUAUACUGCCACGAUAUUGUGUACAGAUUGCAUCUACUUUUCAAUAUUUUCAACCAAUCAGAUUUAACUGAUUUGAGGAAGGAAGAAAAAAACAUCCAACUGGAUACCCCCGUAGAGAACAGUGCUGAAGAAGACAUCUCCACUAGUGUCACUUAUUUUUUAAAAAAGUUUUAUUUUCAAAUUAAACAUAUAGAUAGGGCUAGAUCAGAGAUUUUGACGCUCAUGAAACUUAUUCUGCGCUGUAUAUAUAUUACAAUUUCUGCCACAGAAUAUUAUCAGCUCAUUAGUAUAUUUUCAGACGACCCCCUGGAAUAUCACAAAUAUUCCAAAGGAUUCCACGUUUUUGCUACUUUCUAG